AUGGGUUAUACAAUACCUCUUAACAUCUGUGUUACCUAUGGAUUUAUCAAUUUUUGCACAUCUCUUAUUCAUAAUAUUUUUAUCGUCUAUCAUGUUCAAGUAUUCGUUUCAAGUUUUGGACUCUCAAGAUUUUCUUUUUGGCUUUCUGAAUUGCUAUUUCUUAUUUGGAACUCCUUGAAUGACACCCUAUUCGGGUAUCUUAUUGAUAAACGCCUUCUUGGCGGCAAAGUAACCGACCGAGCUAUCGCUUUUCGCAGAGCUCGCACCAUUAGCUAUUGCGGCCCCUUUCUCGCCUUUACAUUUCUAUCUACCUGGUUCCCGCAUUGGUUACCCGGUUUUCCCGGUCUUCGAUUCGUAACUGUCCUCUGCUCUUAUGAUACUGUUAUCACGCUACUAGAUCUUAUGAAAGGUGCCUUACUUGCCGAUUUAGCCGUUUCUCAGAAUGAUCGAUCUCGUCUUGGCAGUUCAGCCUCAAUAGGUCAAGCUCUCUCUGCCAUUGGUCUAGUGGUAAUAUCUUGGUGGUUCGACAAUGGUACUGACGCUUAUCUCUUUGAAAAUCCGUUCAAUAAUAUCAAAUCUGAUCCAAACAUCCAUUCUUUGUCCUACGAGUUCCAGGCACUCGCGCUCUUUGUUGCUAUGUUUUCUGCGGCGGGAUUGUUUUUCAGUGGCAGAUGGUUGGCUAAAAUGACUUUAAGAAGAUCAGUGCAAUCUCCUAUGUAUUUCAUUGUCACUUUAAUAGCAAUUUCUUCCCCCUCUUCUCAAAAACCCUCCUCGGCGCUGGCCAUGAAAGUCUAUUCUGCGCGAUACUUGGUAAGAUCUCUUGUCUGCAUUUGCAAGCUUGUAAAUCCCACUUAUCUCUCUCUCUCUCUCACUGUGAUGAUCUCUCUGUUUCGAGGAAUUUCAUUCGUACUACCACAUAUCAACAACAUUUUCCUACUGAAGGCUAGUGAAACCUAUGGCACGUAUGUCGUUAUACGUGGUCUCUUCUACGCCAAGGUCGUUCUUGGUGUGAUUCUUUUAUUCUCGGACCCCUCGAAUAUAGUGAUUUUGAGUCUGUUCUUGGCCAGCAAUCGGAUAUUCACGGAAGGCAUCUGCAAGCUCCUCUCUCAAGUAAUAAGCGAUCUGGUGGAUGAAGAUCUCGUUCUUAGUCGACGAUCUCAACCAGUCUCGGCACUGAUCUUCGGCGCAACCUCACUCCUCGGUCGUCCAGGACAGAGCUUUGCCCCAUUGGUCGGCUAUGCUCUUCUCUCCUUCCUCACGAGGAGUUCAGAGAAACCAGAAGUCAGCGCAUCGACUGAAAGUCUUCGUGGAGCCUGUUUCAUUCUUGCAUGGUCAUUAGUGAUAUUCGUCGGUCUAUCCCAACUGGCAAUCUGGUCGCGAUUUGGCCUCCAUGGCGAUUACUUGGCCAGAAUCAAGAAAGCACGAAUCAAUAUCAUGGAUCAACAUUCAUCACCUUCUCAAUACGUUCUCUCGCCUCCUAAUCAAUCCUUAGUAUAUUCCACUGGAGGCCCAUUCGUCCCAGCGUCUCGUGUUAUAUGGAUAUAG